AUGGCCGUGGAUUCCUCCUCUAAGCCCCAGCCUCAGCCUCUCUUGUGCUGGACCGUCUGCGGAUAUCGCAAGCCCGGCAUGAGCGAGGAAGACUACCACAGGUAUGUAAACAUUUUCUGCACGAUCCCGGCGCAGUUAACACGGCAAGCGAAAGAGGUUGAUGCUGAUCCCAGAACCCACCCGUCUAGAUACCUGAGCGAGAACCAUGGACCGCUCGUCCGCGGUCUGCUGGCGAAACAUGGCUUUGUGAGCUAUACCAUUGUAAGUUUUGGAAAACAAAUUUUUUCCCCGUGAGCUGAAGCUGAAGGGGUCACGCCAGCGGCACAACACGACCUCGACGCGUUCCCUGAUGGCGCACAUCUUCGGCCCGCAAUUCGCCAAUAUCGCAGACUACGACGCCGUCAUCACGGCCACGUUCCGCGACAUCGAGAGCUGGGUCGCAUUCAAGGGGGAUCCGGAGUACAAGGUGAAGAUCAUGCCGGAUCAUGAGAAUUUCGCGGAUACCGCGCGGUCUAGGUGGGUUCCAAUCAUCCUUCUCAGAAUCGGGAGGAGGUUUGAGAUGAUGAGAUUUUUUGGUGGAUGCUGAUUUAGAGGCUAGGAUGACCAUCGGCUGGCUCGAAGAUCAUGUCUGGAACGGCCGGGUGGUGGAUGCUCCGGGUAAGGGGCAAGACAAGAGCCGUGGGGAGGUUGAGAAUGAGUGGGCUGAGAACGAGAGCAAGGUUGCCCGGGAGAAGGAGAGCGCCGGCUGGUUGUCGUGGUUGAGCUGGUGGAGGAGGUUUGUGAUCUAG